UAUUAAUGACAAAGAAUGUAGAGACUCAAAUAAAACUGCAGUGCGUGUAGAAACUUGCCCAAAAUCAGCCGAAGAAUGGGAAGAGGCAGCACUAAGGAAGGGCUGCCAUAACGUAACGUUUUCUAACACUUGUUCUUCAUUUGAAUACCACUGUGUUAUUAAUGCUUGGAUCAACGAAACGAUAGAAGUGUGUGCACCGAUUCGAAAUAUUCUUGGAAAUGUGUGUGCUGAGUACAAUUUUGGUGGUUCAAGAAUACAGAGCAACAAUAACGCAACAUGCGAAACAUGUCCAGAAGUUUAUUUAUCUAACAUGAGCUAUAAUUAUUCUGAGUGCUACGAUUUAGUUUACAAAGCACGUAACAGAAGCAGACGUUUAGAUAUUACUAUGCCAUCCGCUGUGGAGAGUACUAUGAAGGCAGAAAGUAUAAAACCAAUGACAUCACCGAAAAAGAAACGACAGUCAAAUGUCCAGGAAGCAAACAUGGAUAUGGAUACCAAGAUUGUCAUUCCCAUCAGCUUUGGUAUUGUCGCUGUUACAGUUUUAAUUCUUAUAUGUUUGGUACACUGUUUAAGUAAAGAACAUUUUCUGAAAGGUUUUAUUUCAAACAGUUGCAGAUUUCAGGCAAGACAAAAACGAUCCAUCACUAACGAAAACACGAAUACGGACAUUGAAAGCACACCAUUGAAGGAAGUAACAUAAAUUAUUUUUGUUUACGGGAGAACAAUAAUCAAAGCACCAGCAGCUUGUUUAAAAGAUACAAAAAAAAACAAUAUCUGGUUCAUAAACCGUUUGUCUGAAACAUGUUAUUAAUAUUGACGUGAAGAAGAAAAGGCAGCUAAUAAUUUGUUGAGCUCCAUUUAUCAAAUAUAUGCACAUACAUGCAUUCUUAUAUACUCUAUUUACACUGAUGUAUUAUGUUAAUUGUACUAAAUUGUGUUUUAUUAAGGAACACUUAACCUAUAUCGUGUUUGUUUUUUGUUUCUUUUUUACUUUUCUCAAUAUUAAAUGAAAGUCAGAAUAAUUAUGAUUUUUAACAGAAAGUCUGUUAUCACAAUCUUAACAUCCAACUGUUUAAAACAACAUAUUUCAAUG